AUGGGCCACCCCUCGGCCGUCCGGCGCAGACACUUCGGCCUCACCAAAGCCGAAAGUAGCUUACUAACGCAGAUCCGCUCCGGCCACAUCGGCCUCAAGGCAUACCUCUUCCGGAAGGAAACAGUGGACUCCCCGGAGUGCCACUGCGGCGGGGGAGAAGAGACCGCGGCCCAUGUACUCCUAGACUGCACCGACGUGCCACCACGACCCCCUGACUGGCCCAGCACUAUUAACGAAUUACAACAAACGCUACACACCGGCCGGACGGCCAGACCACUCCUCCGGUGGCUCCUUCGGAGCGAGAGGCUGCCGGAAUACCGCCUCGCCCGGGAGCUCGAGCAGUCACCUGCCCCGGGCUUACCGUAG